AUGCCCGAGCUACAGUCGUAUAAUGGGUACUACCUCUGGCACUACGUGCCGAGCCUCGUAGCGGCCAUCAUCUUCGAGGUGCUCUUCGUCCUGGUGACGCUCUUCCACGCGUGGAAGAUUGCGAGGACCAAGACGUGGUUCUGCAUCGUCUUUUGCAUCGGUGGUCUUUGUAGGAGUUGGCGAAUCGCAGUGGAAAUCAUCGGAUAUGCAGGACGGGCGAUCGCGCGCGAGAAGACGGGCGAGAUCGGGCCGUACGUGAUGCAGAGCGUGACGAUCCUGGUGGCGCCGGCGCUCUUCGCGGCGUCGGUGUACAUGACGCUGGGGCGCAUCAUCCGCAGCGUGCACGGCGAGUCGCUGUCGGUGAUCCGGGUCAACUGGCUCACGCGCAUCUUCGUGACGGGCGACGUCUUCUCGUUCCUCGUGCAGGCGAGCGGCGCGGGGCUCAUGGUCAAGGACGGCAGCCAGGACAUGGGGCAGAACCUCAUCGUGGCGGGCCUCGUGAUCCAGAUCGUGCUGUUCGGCAUCUUCUGGGUGACGGCCAUCAUGUUCCACGUGCGGCUGGCCAAGUUCCCGACCGAGGCGUCGGCCAGCGGACGGUCGCCGUGGCGGUCGGGCCUCUGGAUGCUGUACGCGGUCAGCGCCUUCAUCAUGGUGCGGUCCAUCUUCCGACUGAUCGAGUACGUCCUGGGCAGCGACGGCUACCCGCUGCGGAACGAGUGGACGCUGUACGUGUUCGACGCGACGCUCAUGUUCUUCGUCAUGGUCGCGUUCGGGUUCCGGUUCCCGGCGGCGUUCCAGAUCCGGAAGGGAGGGUCGCAGUCGACGUCGGACGUGGAGAACUACGACAUGACGGCGGAGACGAACGGAAGCCAGCGAGAGUCCAAGGGCAAGCCGAUGCGGUAA